AUGGCUUCUGUCAUGGGCUACGGUCAAGGUGGUCCCGGAUUCGGCGGGCAAGGCAUCAAUAGAGCUGCCCUGGCCGCUGCUGCCCACAGCGUUCAGGCCCACCGAGUCUAUGUUGGUAACUUACCCUACGCAGUCGGUUGGAGGGAGUUGAAAGAUUUCAUGCGAGAAGCAGGUGAAGUCUCCUUCGCUGAAGUUCUCAUGGGCAACGACGGUCGUAGCAAGGGCUGUGGAGUUGUUGAAUUUUCCACUGGAGAAGCUGCCCAGAAAGCGAUCACCGAAUUGAGCGAUCGACCGCUACUCGGAAGACCUGUCUUCAUUCGGGAGGAUCGUGAGACUCACCCUCGUUACGGUCACCAACCCUCAAGGCCUGCCUACCCGGCCCACUCAGCUGGUGGUGCUGCUGGUUCCGGACGUCAACUGUUUGUCACAGGUCUAGCACCUACCGUGACUUGGCAGACGCUGAAGGACAUGUUUCGAACCGCUGGAACCGUGGUGCGAGCCGAUGUCAAUGCCAGCAAAUGCACCGGGACCGUCUUGAUGUCAACUGAUGCUGAAGCAACCGCUGCAAUUGCCACAUACAACGGUAGCACAAUCGAAGGCUCUCGUAUAGUGGUCCGGGAAGAUCGCUUCACGCAGAAUCAUUUGGGUGGUUUCCAACCACAAAACGGUUACGGCACGAACAACCAGUUCCAAAGACCAGCUGCAGUCGACCCUGCCAAUCAACAGCAAUCCACACAAGUCUUUGUGAACAACCUACCAUACUCAACCGAUUCAGCCGGCUUAUUAGCACUAUCUCCUGGUGCCACAACUGCCGAAGUGAUGAUGAUGGGCGGUAGAAGCAAGGGAAUGGGUGUCUUGGAGUUUCCUAGCUUGGAAGCAUCUGCAGAAGCUUUGGCAUCCUUACAGGGUCACAUGAUGGGUGGCCGUCCGAUCAUGGUCAAGUACAAUGAACGCUGGCACGAUUUCUCCGAGCAAGCAGUUAGCUCGAGCGCAUCAUCAACUUCAUCGUAA